AUGAUCGAGCUGGGCCUUGCAGAUGGCAGUCUGAUUGAUGAACUGAUGGCGCUGACGGCUCAGAGCCUGAGCCACUUGGAGAUCAAAGAGCACUUCAACAUUAUCAAGGAGAUCGGCCGGGGGAAGUAUGGCAAGGUUCUGCUGGUCACCCAUCGCUGCAGGGGAACACCGAUGGCUCUUAAAGUGAUGCCAAAAGCCUCCACCAAGCUCCAGGUAUUCUUACGGGAGUACUGUAUAUCCUUGCACCUAUCCUGCCACCCCUGCAUCGUAGGUCUCUUCGGAAUCGCCUUUCAAUCUAAUGAGCACUAUGGCUUUGCCCAGGAGCUUGUUAUUGGGAGGGACCUUUUUGCCGUCAUCCAACCAAAAGUGGGUAUCCCAGAGAGUGCAGUGAAGCGCUGCGUCCUGCAGAUUGCCAGUGCCCUGGAGUUCAUCCACGAGCACGGCCUGGUCCACCGCGACAUCAAACCAGAGAACAUCCUGCUGCUGGACAGCCACUGCUGCCGGGUAAAGCUGGCUGACUUCGGCCUGGCUCAGACGAGAGGCACUCUGAUUCGCUUCAUCUCCGGCACGCUGCCCUACAUGGCUCCAGAGCUGUGUGCCGUUGCCCUGGAGGAGGGCCAGAAGGAGGUGACAGCGCCCCCGCUCAGCGUGGAGCCCAGCCUGGACACCUGGGCCUUCGGAGUGGUCAUCUUUUGCAUUCUCACCGGCUACUUCCCCUGGGAGCGCUGCGUGACCUCAGAUGACUUCUACCAGGAGUUUGCUGAUUGGUGCCAGGCACCCACCGUGGAGGAAGUUCCACCCUUGUGGAAGAGAUUCACCCCAGCUGCCAUGGAAAUGUUCAGCAGGCUGUUGGAGCUCAAUGCUAACAACAGAUGCACAGUAGGGGAGGUCAGGUCCUAUGUGGAAAAGGACUGGUUGAUGCCGACGCUAGUGGACACAAACGGACUGCAACCGGAGAAUGGCAAGGUCAGUGCCACCUGCUCCACCCCUAGUGUGUGUAGGAGUAGUCCUGUCCACCAGGAGGUGGAGUAA